CCUGCUGCCGCAAAAUAACCGAACCGAGACCCGUUCCACAGACUGGGUGAGAGAAAUCUGGAGCGCGUUCCCACAGGAAGUUGGGGAGGCGGCGAAUAUCAGUAGUUGGAGCUCGGGUCCUGGACCUCCCCACAUUGUGUCGCCGUGUCUACACUGAUGCUGUUGUGCACACCACUGCUGUGGCUAGUUUACAAAAUGAACUUUGCCACUUAACGCUAAGCAGCGACUCCAAGGGGAAUGGAGGAGCCUGUUGGGCGGCAGAGGCGGAGGAGAUGAGGCACGGAGAAGUGAAGUGACUUUGACUUUGUCUUCCCCAAAGGAGCCUGGGUGGAGCCUGAUGCGCUACUUUUGUCAGUGAGGCAGCGAAACGUCGGUGAAAGAUUCAGCCUCAGGACGGGUCUCAUCCUCCAGGAACCCUAAGAGCGGAGUUGUUUCCAAACAGAAGAAAGUCAACUAUGGGUAAUCCAGCCAACCUAGAAGAUGCGUACGUCGCUGUGAUUCGCCCAAAGAAUGCUGCCAGUCUCAAUUCUCGGGAAUAUCGAGCGAAGUCUUAUGAAAUUUUAUUGCUGGAGGUUCCCAUUGAGGGGCAGAAAAAAAAGAGGAAAAAGGUUUUGCUGGAGGCCGCGGUCCAAGGGGGCAGUGAGCUGUCCCAGGGAAUUUUGGAUUACGUGAUCGAAAGCACCAAGCCCAUUUCCCCAGGCAAUCAAGGGAUCCGAGGGAAACGAGUGGUGUUAAUGAAGAAGUUUCCUCUCGAUGGAGAGAAGGCAGGCCGGGAAGCGUCACUUUUCAUCGUCCCGUCAGUCGUCAAAGAUAACACGAAAUAUGCCUACAGUCCAGGAUGCCCAGUUUUCUACUGCUUCCAGGACAUCAUGAGAGUGUGUAGUGAAUCCAGUUCUCACUUUGCUACCCUCACAGCCAGGAUGCUCAUCGCCUUGGACAAGUGGUUAGACGAGCGACAUGCCCAGUCCCAUUUCAUCCCAGCCUUAUUCCGGCCCUCUCCCUUGGAGAGGAUUAAAAGUAACGUCACCAACCCGGCGUACGCCACCGAUCCCGGGCCGACGGACAGCGCGCUGCACAUGGGCUAUACGGCACUCGAAAUAAAGAGCAAGAUGGUGGCCCUGGAAACCGCAGACACGUGUAUCUACAACCCCCUGUUUGGCUCCGACCUCCAGUACACCAACAGGGUGGACAAGGUGGUGAUCAACCCGUACUUUGGGCUUGGCGCUCCAGACUACUCCAAGAUCCAGAUUCCCAAGCAGGAAAAAUGGCGGCGCAGUAUGAGCAGCGUCAUGGAAGACAAGGAGCGCCAGUGGGUGGACGACUUCCCCCUCCACCGCAGCGCCUGCGAAGGGGAUUCGGAACUGCUGAGCCGACUGCUCGAUGACAACUUUUCAGUCAACCAGCUAGACAGUGACCACUGGGCGCCGAUCCACUACGCGUGCUGGUAUGGGAAAGUGGAAGCCACUCGAAUGCUGUUGGAUAAAGGGAAGUGUAAUCCAAACCUCCUCAACGGACAGCUGAGUUCUCCUCUUCAUUUUGCUGCCGGAGGAGGGCAUGCUGAAAUAGUGCAGAUCCUGCUACAACACCCAGAAAUUGACCGACACAUUAGCGACCAGCAAGGAAGAUCUCCGUUAAACAUCUGUGAAGAGAGCAAGCAGAACGAAUGGGAAGAGACGGCAAAGCUGUUAAAGGAAUCCCUCAAUAAACCCUACGAGAAGGUGCGGAUCUACCGGAUGGAUGGGUCGUACCGCUCGGUGGAGCUGAGGCACGGAGGCAAUACCACAGUCCAGCAGAUCAUGGAGGGCGUGCGCCUCUCGCCGGAAACCCAGCAGUACUUCACCAUCUGGAUCUGCUCCGAAAACCUCAGCCUGCAGCUGAAGCCUUACCACAAACCCCUGCAACACGUUCGCGACUGGCCGGAAAUCCUCGCCGAGUUGACCAACUUGGAUCCACAGAGGGAAACGCCCCAACUUUUCCUGAGAAGAGAUGUGAGACUCCCUCUGGAAGUGGAAAAAAAGAUCGAGGAUCCACUCGCUAUCCUUAUUCUCUUCGACGAAGCCAGAUAUCACUUGCUGAAAGGCUACUACACAUCUCCGGACGCCAAGCUGAUAACUCUGGCCAGCCUCCUGCUGCAGAUCGUCUACGGAAACUACGAGAGUAAAAAGCACAAGCAAGGGUUCCUGAAUGAAGAAAAUCUCAAAUCCAUAGUGCCCAUUACCAAACUGAAGAACAAGGCGCCUCACUGGACCAAUAGAAUCCUUCACGAGUACAAGAAUCUCAGCGCCAGUGAGGGGGUCAGCAAGGAGACCCAUCACCAUCACCUCCAGCGGAUGUUCCUGCAGAACUGCUGGGAAAUUCCAACCUACGGGGCGGCUUUUUUCACGGGACAAGUGUUCACCAAGGCGACCUCCAGCAGCCACAAAGUCAUCCGCGUGUACGUGGGCGUGAACGUGAAAGGGCUCCAUCUCCUCAACAUGGAAACCAAGACGUUACUCAUCAGCCUGAAGUACGGUUGCUUUAUGUGGCAGUUGGGAGAUGCCGACACCUGUUUUCAAAUUCAUAGUCUGGAAAACAAAAUGAGCUUCAUAGUGCAUACCAAACAGGCGGGCCUCGUGGUACAGCUCCUCAUGAAGCUGAACGGGCAGUUGUUGCCCCCCGAAAGGAACGAAUGAAUACGCUUCUCCGACCCUCGAGUAUUGUCCGGGCAAUCCAACCGGAUUUUCACGGAGAGAGCUCUCGGCUCUGUAGAAAUGUGCCAUUUUUGUAUCGUUUUAUGUUGUACAGGAUCUGCGUUUUAAAAAAUUGGAAUAUGCCAGCUAUUUUUAUAUGAUGAUAUUCUCUUUGCGCUCUUCUCGUUUUUGAGAUAAACACGAGAUUGCCUCUGUUAAGACGUGUGUUAGAUGUAGUCACGGAGACGAAAACCCUGCGGGUUUUGGGACAGUCGAGAUCCUUCAGGCCCCAUAAUCGACCUGAGAGCCGGCCUGUGCUUUGGUAGAUUUCUGUAGGUUAGUUCAGAAACUAACGGCGCCUAGACUUGCUUUUUUGACCACGUGCCCAACCAUCAGCAGAGUGACUCAGAGCGAUUUCUUUGUAAAUCUCUGCAAAUGUUGUGCAACUGUUUAAAGACUCACAUUAAAACUGCCAGUUCCGAGGCUUUCCAGGUAAAGCGGCUUCCUCUCCGCUCCCCGCCACCGAGAAGCCCGGCGCGGUCGUUCAACCCCUGGCCAUCUGUCAGAGAUCCCGCUCCGGCCUUCCGACGCCCCGCGAGACGGGGAGUAGCCGAUCCGGCGCCCCGCUCCGCCCCGCCUUCCCCCGCGUCCGACGACACACCUCGGUUCCUCUGGAAAUCUGCAAGGGGCAGACGGAGGGCCGCGGAACUUGACGGGACUCGGUGUGUGCCAGGGGCUGGCAAGGAAGGACGCUCCACCCACCAGCCGCUCUCCGGGCCGGGCUGUGGGUUCAGACUCACUUCUCCUUCCUCAGUGUCCUCAUCUGUAAAAUGGGGAUAAUAAUAGAAUAUUCGCCCUGCCCUGCCUCACAAGGUUGUGAGGUCAAAAAUGAGAUACGCAAUGUGAGAGUGCUUUGAGAAUAAAAGUGCUGUAUAAAAAUGAA